AUGUCUUUCCGUGAAGUCCGUGAGUUUGUCGAGUGUCUACGCAGUCUAGGCUUCCAUCGAGUGGUCUCCAUAUCUAACUUCAAGGAACCUAACUUCGAACUGACUGCCGAAAUCAUGGAUUGGCUCGUUACACGGCUGAACCCCGACGUGAAUCUACCAGAGGACAUUGAUACCGACACCCAUAGAGUCGAGUUCAUAGCACAGGCGAUUGAGGCUGUGGGAACUUGUACGAAUAUCAGGAUGAAUGCUCGUAAGCUUUAUGGUGCUGAUAACUACGCUGUUAAGGAAAUGCUCAAAGUCAAGGUCCUGGAGGCUAGAGCAGUUGGCAACGGCUUCAAUGAAGAUCUUAGACCGAUGAGCUCCUUGUCAAGUGAGAUACUCGAAGCAGGUGCUAAGUUACACGCAUUGUUGCAGGUUGAGGCAAUGCCCGAUACAGAGAGGGCUUAUGGGGUUCGUCGGGCUCGACAAAAAGCAGUUAAAUUCCUAGAGGGCAUCAGCAGGAAUCUCAGUUCGGAUCGGGAACGGAGCAACGUCGAACGUCAGGUUAAGAAGAGGCGAGCAGAGCUAGAACGUACCAGCAAAAGGCUCGCGGGACUGAGGACAGUGAGACCAGCGUUCAUGGAUGAGUAUGAGGAACUGCAGGAGUUCAUGGAUCAACUUUACGAGGCUUAUGUGGACCGUUUCCGAAACCUAGACUACCUCGAACACGAGUUGGAUAUACUUAAUAGAGAGGAAGAAGAACGUAUAGAGGCCAAUGAGAAGAAGCUAAGGGCACUACAAAAGAAACUACGCGAAGAGGGCUUCCGACAAAUGGAAGAAAACGAGUUCGGUCCUCCAGCAAGUAAUACUGAUCUUGGUGUUAACGACUUUGACGAGCCACAGUUGGUCGAUUCACGCUCGGAUGGUAUCGUAUCGAUCGGAUCGGAACCAGAGGAAGGCCUCGUGGGAUCAACUUCUACACCCGACCUAAGUAUCACUGAUCACCCUCAUCACGAGGAUGACGAGGAUGACGAUAUCAUUGUAGAGAGUGAUGGAUCCUCCUCUGGGGAUGAUAUUGAGAUCAUUGAUGAUAGCGAUACUGAGGGUCGGACUAUUGUCUUUUCCACGGACCCUCUUCCUAUCAUGCAGGCUGAUAAGCUCUUUGCCAUCUUUGAAGAGUAUUUCAAUCAUGAGUCGAACCCAGGAUCUAGCCUAGUCGACAAGGUUAAUGCAACCUACACCUUCGAGAUUUACCCUCACAAGGUGGGAUCGGGAGAGUCGAAGAAGUGGACCAUCGACUUGAAAACCAAACCUGGUAAAUGCAUAGCUGCUCAGGAGGAUGGUGGCGACUGCACAUUUCAACUCUCGGACAAAGACUUCGUACAAUUAGCGGCUAACAAGUUGAAUCCCCAAAUGGCGUUCAUGACGGGGAAGUUGAAGAUCAAAGGGAAUCUGGGCAAGGCUAUGAAGUUCACACCUGAUCUCCUACCCAAGGUAGACAUCAAGCUCGCUUUGGAUGCCUCCAAGAGUCCUAAGGACAUCGUUGCUCUCGUACUCAGCAGUUCACCUCAGUCGAAGCUCUAA